AUAUGAACAAUCAAUUCGAGAUGAUAGGCUGUAGCUAGAUGUAAUCGUGCGUUUUUGCUAGUAAUUGUCAUUCACAACUUUGCGCUUUUGAUUCAGCGUGUAAUUAACACGAGCAAAAUUGGAUCGUCUGCAUGUAACGGUAAAGAUUCUCAAGAACGCAGAGUGAUAGUCGCAGAAUGAGGAGCACAGGCCUUCGUCUUGCUGUGAUCUUGGUGAUGUUGUGCUGCGCAACGAAUGCCUUCUCCUGGAGCCUCUUCUCCUCGGCGUCCAAGAAGACGAGCCACGGGGGCGCGGCGACGCCGCAGCUGGGCGGCGCCACCGUCGCCGACUUCUCUAUCGAAGGCGCCAAGGAGGACCCGAGGGGCGCGAGGCUGCUGGAGAACGCGCGGCUCCGGAUCGCUGGGCCGGCCACCUGCUGGAGCGAGGCGUACGGGCGCCUGUUCGCCAGCUGCGCCGACAUCAUGGCGGACAAGGAGCGGCAGUCCAGGCUCGCGUGGCACCUCAGCGGCUGCUUCCAGGAGGACUCCGGCCGGCCGCCGCUGCCGCCCUGCGACGAGCGCUCCGCCAUGGUGCACUGCCGCAAGCGGCUCACCGACUCCGAGGGCAAGGUCUUCCUCGAGUUCUUCCUCGAGACCAACACCCUCUGCCACCAACUGCAGGCUGAGGCGUUCAAGCACAGCACGGAGAGGCUCGUGAACGACCUGUCGAGGUCGUCCAAGUCCGCGCAUGAGAAGCUUGAGGUGAUCGAGAAGAGGUCAGACCAUCUCUUGCAAGAAUCCGAGAACAUCCGCGGCUCGCUGUCGUCGAUCACCGCGCAGACCGACCACCUCACCGCGGCAUCCAAGGCCGUCAGAGCCCAGAUCGGCGACGUGCUGGAGUGCUCAAGGGCCAUCUCCGAACAGUCCAAGGAGAUCGCAGGCGCCCAGGCGGAGCUCAAGGCCGGCCAGGCCGAGAUGAGGGGCGCGGUGGAGGCUGGCAUGGCGCGGGUGGUGGAGUCCUACCGGAGCCUCGGCUCAGGGAUGGACAAGCUCAGGGAGGACGCCGUGGGCGUCGAGAGGGGGAUCAGGGCCGUCGGCGACGCCAUGUCGUCAAAGAUGGACGGCCUGCAGCGCACCGCCGACGACAUAGGGAGCGUGGCGGGCAGGUCGCUGGAGAAUCAGAUGCAGCUCCUGGAUGGUCAGGCGAAGGCGAUGCGAGGGCUGAAUGAUCUCUACAGCUUGCAGGCACAAGCACUUGAAGAAAGCAGCGAAGCUAUACAAAAGCUCGCGCAUUUCGGCCAACAGCAACAGGAGGAGCUACUGGCCCGACAAGAGGAGAUCCGGCACGCUCACGAUCAUCUCAUCCAGAAUUCUCACUCGAUACUGGAGGCUCAGGUUCUCUUCACAUUCUACUCCAUUAAGACGAAAAAUUCCCAAUGCUGUACAAGUAGCUCUUAUGCAGGCUUGCUUUGUUACACGCAGGAAGAAUUUAGAGCGAAGCAGGCUAACAUCUUCGCUGCACUGGACAAGCUCUACGUCCUCCACAACGCCAUCCUCGUCGAGUCCCGGUUCAUCAAGGCCUUCUUCUUCUACUGCUGCAUCGCGUUCCUCAUCUACGUGCUCACGAGCGCCAAGCAGACGUUCGACAUCAGGGGCCAGCUUUAUUUCGGUCUUUGCGUUACGAUUAUGCUGGAGAUUGGAGUAAUCAAGCUCGGAACUGACGACUUCAGCUGCUGCCAGUACUGGAUCGUGUCCAAGGUUCUGCUGCUCAGAUCAGCGUUCCUCGCCGCUGCCGUCGUUCAGAUCCUGCACUCCAUCUUCACUUACAAGGAUUAUGAUGUUCUGAACCAUCAGCUGCUCCAGACACUGGUUGAGAAAGUCCAGGCAAUUGAAGGCAAUGCCGGUGGCGGAGAUGAGAUGUAUGAUCCAUAUAGCUCAGGGAGUGAUGGAAGCCUUGGCGAUUACUCGUGGGUCUUCGAUGAGCUGCAGGACGAAGUGGACAGCAAGUUUGAUCCAGACUUCAUGUUGACGCAAGGAAUUCACCUGAAAAAUCGCAUAUUGACUGAAGAAAUCGGCGAAAAUUCCAUCACCACGUCUGACUCAAGGAGAUACAACCUUCUGCCGCGCAUCAGACCGCGCUGAUAGCACACACAAUCACAACAGUUCUGCUACAGAACUUGUAAAAAUAUAAGCACUGGGCUGAAGAACAGAAGAACAAUGGAAAGCAUAGAAUAUGCUAUAUGACAUGCUUUUUUAAUUUUGUUUCAAUAUCUUCUCCAACUCCAUUCUCAAAAGAAUUCACACGAUGUAACUGCUUUACAAA